CAACACUGAUUGAUGGUUCAACUUCACGCAGCGCACCGCACCCCGGCGCUGCGCCCGCGUCCAUGGGUAUCAAGGGGAUUUACGGCCAGCUGGGCCCGGGGAAACGGGUUUCGCUCGCCCAGCUGGCUGCCGACAGCAUCCAGCACCAAAACAGACCGUUUCGAAUCGCCAUCGACAUCGCAAUAUGGCAGUUCCAGACACAGGCCGCCCGAGGUGGCACAAACCCGGCCAUUCGAACCCUCUUUUACCGCCUCGUCCGCCUGAUGGGGACACCCGUGCAGCCCGUCUUCGUCUUCGAUGGCCCAAACAAGCCCGUUUUCAAGCGAAACAAGCGAUCCGGACGAGGUGAUGGUGUCGCGACCGCGCAGGCAAAGCAACUGAUCCGGCUCUUUGGCUUCGCAGUCCACGACGCCCCGGGAGAGGCCGAGGCCGAGUGCGCCCUGCUACAACAGCAUGGCAUAGUGGACGCCGUCUUGAGCGAAGAUGUGGACACAAUCAUGUUUGGUUGUACAAAGACUCUCCGAAACUGGUCUGCCGAAGGCAAGACCUCGAAAACCCCAACCCACGUAUCCCUCUACGACGUGAGCGACCCCAAGAUUGCGGAACUUGGCCUCGACCGACAAGGCAUGGUCCUCAUCGCCCUGAUGAGCGGCGGUGACUACCUGCCAGAUGGUAUCCCGGGCUGUGGCGUGAAGGUGGCUUACGAGGCUGCCAAAGCGGGCUUCGGCAGGUCCAUCUGCACACUCAAAGCUUCCGACACCAACGGCAUCCGGGACUGGCGAGAGUCGUUGACGCACGAGCUCAGGACAAACGAGCAAGGCCAUUUCAGGACAAAACACCGAGCUUUGGUCAUUCCCGAAGACUUUCCCAAUAUUGAGGUUCUCCGAUAUUACACCCAUCCGGUCGUGUCGCCGCGGUCCACGUUGGAUGCCGUGCGCCAGAAAGUCGAGAGGAAACAAACGAUACACCUCGAGGCUCUGCGCGAGUUUACGCGCGAGACGUUUGACUGGGACUACAAAAUCGGCGCGAUCAAGUUCAUUCGGGUCCUGGGGCAGGCUCUUCUCGUUCAAAAGUUGUCUCAAGGCGAGGCGAACCAUGACGGCUGGGUGAAGCGGAUAUCCGGGCGGCGUCAACACUUUUCGACCGACGCCACACCAGAGCUGCGACUCGCGUACGUUCCCGAAGAGGUUGUGCCGAUCGAUUUGUCAAAGGAGGUUGACGAGGUUGUUGCUUCCGGACGAGACGGCCUGGCUCUUAAUAGCGACGACGACUUUGGUGCGGACGCUGAAUCUGCCGGUGUCGCUGACGGUGCCAGAGCGCCAAAGGUCUUCGAUGUCAGCAAACCAGACUUGACAUGGGUUCUGGAGAGCGUGGCAAGGAGGUUUAUCCCCGACACGGUUCGGUCUUGGGAGGAGGCCACUGCUGCCAAAAUCCCCCGGAAGUCGCCAGCAAAGAAAACUACAGCCGCUCCCAAGCCAAAGAAAGGCUCCGGCAUGCCUCGAGGUGCGCUCGAUGGUUUUGUACGCGUAACCAAAUCUAAAGCGGGACACGACGAGACCGGCCGAGCGGCCGAACUUGAACCUGGGGCGAAGGCUACACAGAAAUCAAGGCUCAAGGUCCCGCCUCUCCUUCGAUCGCCGUCCCCGAGCAAGAGUAAGCAGCCAUCGAGGAGCCCCAAAGACCCUGGCUCACCCAAGACGCCUAGGGCACCUACCGCAUCUACAACUGGGCCGGAGACGAUUCUCAUCUCUUCGAGCCCUGCCGCGCCGCCACCCUCACUGCCCCCCUCCCCAUCCCCUCGGCCACGGUCUCGCGGGGUACCGAAUUCCAGUCAUACCAGGGAUGGUAGCCCGAUGCGCUCGACUCGUGUCCCGCGUAGUGGUUCUCAGAGGGUAGACCAUAGUCGGAGUCCUAAGAAGGGUAGGGAACCACUCAGAAGGGUAGCCUCAUCCAAGAGACUCGAGGAUUCGAGAUACACACAGCUUUCCAUGGAUAUGUUUGCGACCAAAAGCUCGCAACCGUCAUCAAGUCAGGCGAUCAGCAGCCCAGCCCUAGCGCUCCCGCGGCCCGCCACGCCUGAGAACAGGCCUGGAGGUCCACCUGAACUCGAAGAGUUUGCCGAUUCUUCUGAGCUGGACCUGGCACCGCUCUCGGCGCUGAUAAACCGGCAACCACCAUCAGCCUCUCCAAGCAAGCGACGAUCAGAGGGCGAGACGCCCACCCCCGCUGAAGAGCAAAGCCCGCCGCCAAGCCCGUCAAGGAAGAAGAAACUCCUUGAGCGCGGCGCCGCGCUUUAUCGACGCAAUGAAGACGAGUGGGAUGAUGAUCAGGUCGAGCGGGCCGCGCCCAGGGAUCGUGGAGGGCCAAAGUUGCCGGAAUCGCGUGGCGCCAAGGCCAGCGCGGUGAGGUGGAGCGACGUAUCCAUCGUGGACUUGACUGGCGACGAUUGAUUUGAUAUUCUACAGCGAGCAUAUGUGUCUUUAUAAGUGCGUGGGGAGUUUGUAGCUGCAUUUCGUGGGAAGGCUGGCUGGCGGAGGGUGGCGGUCUGUCAACAGUAGACGGUUUAUGAACUUGUCCGUGCCAUAUACACACAUGGCUGCUUAGACGACUGGCAAUAGCCCCUCGAGCACAAUAUCAUACGAACAAUCACGAGAGGAGGUUCCUACAAUGGUAUUCGAGGAGGCACACAAGUGUGCAAAAUGUAUGAUAUCCAGUGUUUCCCAAGCGACGGCUCGAUGCCGGCUUCAAUAUUCCAACGCCC